AUGGUGCCCUUUGAGAUGGAUACGGCUGAUGAGCGCUUCCUCGCUGAAGCUCAAGCGGCGGAUCGGUCCCUUCUGGAUUCCUGCCAUCACAAGGUCAUUUCACAACUACGCUCCACUUGCACCGAUCUCACGGAAGAGGAACUGGCCAAGCUGGGAGUGGCACUCUUCAACUGCCAGGCCAGUGCCGAAGGUCGGAGGAUUUACCUGUGCACUGAGGACAUGGCCCUGGCGGAAUGCACAUCCGGGAUGGAUCCGGAUACCUGGAACGCUUAUCACAUCGUCAGCAACCGAGCCCGGGCCGUCUGCUACGCCACCCGCCAGAUGCAGUUCAAGCGCCGGGCGGAGCAUACCGUGAACACCCUGGUCUCCACCGCCGUCAGCCAGCUGGAGGCGAUGAAAACGCUCAAGAGGAGCCAGGAGGAGCUGAAGCUGCUCACCUCGGAGUCCCUGCAACGCGUCGUUAGCGCCCAGGAGGAGCUGCUCACCCGGCAAGAGACGCUGCGAGACGGCCAGGCGCAGAUGGAGGACUCGCUGUCCAGCAACCUGGAGCACCUGGUGCAGGAGAAGGCCCUGAUUGCCAGUGGGCAACGGCAGGUGGCCGAUCUCCUGGAGGGCAUCACACGCAGGAUGGAAAAUGUCAGCAGUCAUCUGAACCAGCAGGAUGUGGAGCUUCAAGAAGGGCACCAGUCCAUCCUGAGGGACCUGGGUCAAGUCCAAAAAAGGGCUCAAGACGUCUACUCCAAAAUAG